AUGGCCACCAACGGGUCCUCAUCGUCAGAAGCGACGCCCGUCGUCAGCACGCUUCCCGGUCCUGACCAUAACUGGCAGGUUACGCUUGCUGGAAAGGUCAUUGCCAUCACCGGUGCAAACCAAGGCAUUGGGCUCGGGAUCGCAGAAGUCAUUCUGGCCAACUCUGCAGCGCACGUCUACUCUCUCGACAUCUCCACGCCCGGCGACCCCUUUAACGAGCUCGCGCAGAAGAACCCGAAGCGCUUCUCCUUCAUCCAGACAGACGUGACCUCUGAAGAAUCCGUCCAGGCUGCUCUCGACCAGAUCGUCUCUGAACAAGGCCGGUUGGACGGGAUGAUUGCCAAUGCCGGCGCAACAAAGCACCAGCCCGCGUUGGACUUCACCAUGGAUCAGGUCAAGCGCCUCUUCGAGCUCAACGUCUUCGGUGCCUGGAACUGCGCAACUGCGGCGGCGAAGACAUUCAUCAAACUCGGCAUCAAGGGCUCAAUUGUCUUUACUGCUAGCAUGACAUCUUACAGACCGAACCGCGCGGCGCCGAGCGCGCCAUAUGGAGGCACGAAAGCGGCGGUACGGAACAUGACGCAUACCUUGGCGAUGGAGUGGGCGAAGCAUGGAAUCCGGGUGAACAGUAUCUCGCCCGGGUUUGUGAAGACUGCAUUGACGUAUUAUGUUGAGACAAGUCCCGACUGGGAUACCAAGAUGAAGUACUAUGGGGGGAUGCCGAGACUGGCGAUUCCGCAGGAGUUGGGUGGCGCGUAUGUUUACCUGCUUAGUGACACUGCGACGUAUACGACGGGAAUCGAUAUUCCAAUUGCGGGGAUCGUGGGGGCUUGGUAG